GAUGUCUUAUCAUUUGGAACCUACAAGAUCAAUCCCUAAUACUGGAAAUAAACAGAAAAGAUUUAAUGACGUGGCUGAGUUUAACUUGCGGCAAUGUAGACUAUCAUACUCCGACAUAAACGAAAAUGGAAUAAACAGAAUUAGGGAAAAGCGAUAUGUUUUAUUCAAAAAGAAAUGGACUAAAUUGCGUUUAACUUAUUGCGCCGUUUAUCCUGUAAUUCCGUUGAAAAUUAGUAGGGCAGAUGUUGAAAACAUUGUCGAUGAAGCAAUUGGAAUGUGGUCAAAUGUGAGUGGCUUAACCUUCGACAAAAGGGAGUGUAACAGAGAUAAUGUUAUUAGCUCCACGGAUAUUGUUGUUUCAUUCGAGACAAAAGAUCACGGGGACGAUUAUCCUUUUGAUGGACCAUCGGGAGUGGUUGGUCAUGCUUUUUUUCCCGGUACGAAAUCGCAGGGCAGAGUCCACAUGGACGCUGCAGAGAAUUAUACCAGAAACUCAAAAAUAGGCCUAAAUUUAUUACAAAUUUUAACCCACGAACUGGGUCAUACACUUGGUUUAAGACAUAGCGAAAAUCAUGGAGCAGUUAUGGCACCGUACUAUAAACCUUAUACUCCAAACUUUCAGUUAUCAACUGACGAUAUUAAAGGAAUCCAACACUUAUAUGGUUUGCCUGGAGAUUCUGUUCUCGACGCUUGCAAUGUCGAAGGGUUCGACGCCGCUUGCAAUACACAAAAUGGGUCUAUAUAUAUUUUUAAAGGAAAGUAUUAUUGGAGGUUCGAUGAACAUAUCAAUUUAGAUAUGAAAACUGACACUCCAGGGAAAAUAUUAGAUGACUGGAAUGGGUUGCCAGAUAAUUUAGACUCCGCUUUUUACUGGCCAAAGACUGGGCAUACCUUUUUCUUUAAAGAUAAACUUUUUUGGGUCUAUUUAAAUAAUCAGCCAAUUUCUAAAGAUUAUCCAAAGAAUAUAAAUAACCUAUUAAUAGAUCCUCCACUACCAAUAGAAUCGGCAUUUUAUAAUCACAUUGAUGAAACAAUUACGUUUACAAAAGCUGACAGCUACAAAAAAUUUUCAAAGCUAUAUGCACAAGUGGAAGGAAACAUAAAUGACUGGAAUCUGAAAAAUGUUUCAAAUAUUGAUGCAGCCUUUCAACUGCAAAAUUUUAUCCUUUUACUAUCUAAAGCGGAUUAUUAUGGGUAAGUUUAAUCUAUAAAGAAGUCUUAAGAAUAAAUGUUAAAUUUCUUCAUUUUUCAAACGAAAAUAACUUAGACUCCACUUACCAACUGGAAAAAUAAAGUUUAAAAAUUCAGUUACUGCCGAUUUAUUCAAGUGCUAACUGGAAAACUAAAUAUUAUACCUUCUCUUUUAUGAUCUAAAUAAAAACAUAAAUAUAAAGAUAUUUUAGUUAUCAUCGAAAAAUAAAAAAAGAAUAUUCGUCUAGUUUAUCUUGGAGUGUCUUUUUU